UCCUGUGGGAUCAAUGCCAACUCUUUUCUCUCCCCCAGCCUUAGCCUUAGCCUUAGCCUUGUGGUUUGAUUCAUUGCAAAAUCUUGUUCUUGUUUGGUGAAGCUCCCUAUGCCCAUUCCACCUCUCCCUUAUCUUCCACCUUGAUUCCUUGCUGCCAUGCCAUCUCUCCACCUAUUCCCAGUACCUCCCCCUCCUCCCUGUCAAUGAUCCUGUUCAUGGUCGCGUUCUUCCGUGGCCUGUAGAGCAAGCAUGGGCAGGGGAGCUCAAGACCCAACUCACCUUGAGUUCGUUGAGGUCGAUCCCACAGGCAGAUAUGGCAGGUACAAUGAGAUCCUCGGCAAGGGCGCUUCCAAGACAGUUUAUAGGGCUUUUGAUGAGUAUGAAGGGAUUGAGGUUGCUUGGAACCAAGUGAAACUGCAUGAUUUCCUGCAGAGCCCUGAGAACCUGGAGAGGCUCUACUGUGAGAUUCACCUCCUCGAGACCUUGAAGCACAAGAACAUUAUGAAAUUCUACACCUCUUGGGUCGACGCCACUGAGAGGAACAUCAAUUUUGUCACUGAGUUGUUCACCUCAGGCACUCUAAGGCAGUAUAGGCAAAAGCAUAGAAGGGUUCACAUCAGGGCAGUAAAGCAUUGGUGUAGGCAGAUUCUUAGUGGUCUUCUCUAUCUCCACAGCCAUGACCCCCCAAUCAUCCAUAGGGACCUCAAGUGUGACAAUAUCUUCAUUAAUGGCAAUCAAGGCGAAGUCAAGAUUGGCGAUCUCGGCCUUGCCGCCAUUCUCCGGAAAUCACAUGCUAUCCAUUGUGUUGGCACACCAGAGUUCAUGGCGCCGGAGGUGUAUGAGGAGGAAUACAAUGAACUGGUGGACAUCUACUCGUUCGGGAUGUGCGUGUUGGAAAUGGUCACCUUUGAGUACCCUUACAGUGAAUGCACCCACCCUGUUCAGAUAUACAAGAAAGUUAUCUCUGGAACAAAGCCGGAAUCGUUGUACCAAGUUAAAGAUCCCGAGAUUAGGGUAUUUGUUGAAAAAUGCCUUGCAACCGCAUCCGAGAGGCUUUCUGCUAGGGAGCUUCUCGAUGAUCCCUUUUUACAAAUUGAUCUUGGUUCGAAUUAUGAGGAAAAAGACAUUGGCCUUGUGGAUCAAACACUUAUGGAACCUUACCUUGAACUUUUCCAAAGUAAUGGGUCUUUGGCUACUAAUUAUUUGUCAAACAAUGUACAGCACCAAAUUGAAUUGGAGAAUCAUUGGGAUUACGAUGUUGUCAAUAUGGUAGAACGCGGUAUGAGCCUCUUCGACUGCCACAAAGAUGAUCAAUAUUCAAAUGUGGAUAUUACUAUCAAGGGAAAGAGAAAAGAAGAUGGGAACAUCUUUUUGAGACUAAGGAUUUCAGAUCUAGAUGGUUGUGUACGAAACAUAUAUUUUCUCUUUGAUAUCGAGGCUGAUACUGCACUGAGUGUUGCCACAGAGAUGGUAGCGGAGUUAGAUAUAAUAGAUUAUGAAGUAACUAGAAUAGCUGACAUGAUCGAUGGAGAGGUAGCUUCUCUGGUGCCAGAAUGGAAGCCAGGCCCCGGCAUAGAAGAAAAUCCAAGAUUUUGCCGCAAUUGUGCUUCCAAUGUUUCUUCUUAUGGUUCAAUGGUAGAGUGUGCCUCGGUGAAAAAUCCAUCCAACAGAAGCAUGAAAGCUAUCAACUGUUGCCAUUUUGAGUGUGCUGAAAUGCAUGGCCGGUUCGAGGAAAUAACAUACCAAGUUGAAGAAACUGAGCUUUGUGUCACCGAGGAAGUGCCUAUGCUAUCCACAAGCCAAUCUGAUGGACUUGAGGAUUGUUUUCUUUCGUCAAGGUUCGAUCACUCUGAUGAAGAAUCUGAACAAUUAGGCUUGUCGGGGAAGGAUGAAAAGGUCAUACACAUGGAUGAUUGCUCAAGAGGCAAAUCCAAAAAUUCUUUGCAACAAUAUCUUGAUUCAUCAGAGUUUGAUUACCAGAAAGUGGCACCCAAUGAACUUGACAUCAGUCAAGACCUGAAAUGGCUCGACGCGAAUUACUGGAUGGAAUCGCAGAGAACAUCCAAAGGAGGACUGCGAUCACCCCCUGACUCUACGAACAAGGAGAGUAACAAACAAAAUAGCUUUACAGGUUCUUCAGAAGAAAGAGAGCUGAUGAAGUCUUUUCAUUUGGGCAAGCGAAACUCGUUCCACAUACCUUAUAGUGACACGAACGAACCCGGCAACCUUAAGACGACUCCUACUCAUUCAAGAAAUUGCAGUUUGCAAUCCCUCAGCAAUCAAAAUUGCAAGGUGAAUUCUCCAGCCAGCCCUGAGCAGAUGUUCACGGCAAAGAACUUCUACACCGAACCCACAAGUGCCCACACUAGAACAAAGUCUCUAUGCAUUGAUGCUUAACAUAUGCAAACUGCACAUCGAGUCUUUUUGCUGCUUGCAUCAAAAUUUUCGGCCGUUCACCUGCCUUAUUGUACAGAGACCAUGAGACUAAUGGAAAUGUAUUGUUGUAUAUGUAUUCUUUAAUGAGCCUUCAGCAACCUGAUUGUAAUCUUUAGUCAAGUAUAGUACUUGCUACUUAUGAGAAGCAUUGGACAUCAAUCUUCAUGUCCAUUGCCAUUUCGAGUUCA